CAUACUUGUUUCACUGCCCAAGUCAUUCAUUCAUGGGAUGUGGAAUAAUGUCAGUGAGCAAAAGGAGCUUAGAAGACAUCCCCUGCGAGUUGGUUAGAGUGUCUAAGAGCGUCCACUCGUUUGUCUCCCCGUUUGACUGGAUUAUCGAUUCCCAUUCUCGCUUGUUUUCCUAUUUUCUCCUCGUAGAAACGUCCAGUUUUUCUCCUUCAUCCUUCCCCUUCUGUUCAAUCUACUCCAAUCUCAUCUAUCCAUUUUCAUUCUCUGCUUUGUCUCCCGCUCGACUAAACGAAUGGACAGGAAAAAGCUCUUGGAGUUGCUCUUUGAGCAUGACGAGUCCCUUCUGCAGACGGACACGCAUCUAAACAAGAGCUGUCUUAUCGAACCCUCCGUCCCAGAAGCAGUAGAUCCACGUGUUCCAAAUACCCAGGGAGAGGAAAAGGCUAUAUCUAGUGAACAGAUAGUGGAGGAUGUCUCUUUGUCUGAUCUCCUGUCCAACGGGAAGGAUGAAGUCGACAAAGGACUCCACGACGAUCCUUCAGAUGGCAAGGCUACUGGAGAAACCUUCGUUGAUCAGUCUCCAGUGGACUGGAAACCAACUGUCCAGGUAGAGAGUGAGCUGGUUAGCUUUGUCUCCCACAACAGCCUCAACGCAAUCGAGACACGCCAUGCAUCUCCUGGACAGCCCUUCUGUCCCCUCAUGGCCGUGGCACGGUUUCCAUACAAAUAUAUCCAAGGUGGGCUGUCUCAAACCGUCGCUAGUCGGUUUUUCGACAGGGGAAAAAUUUGGGAGAGAAGCUGGGAUCUGUAUUACAUCCAUGUGCCUUCUCACAUGGGCUCUCGUCCGCUUCUCCUGUUGUCUACGGCUCAGGUCGAAAAGCUCAUCCAGGAAAUCAACGAUACAUUGGACUGCACCUUGUCCCUUCCGACUGAGAGCCAUCUUGGGUUUGUGCUCACAUUCGACGAGCGUGCUCCCCAGCCUAGAUUUAAAGGCCAGUUCAGUAGUCGAAAUAUGAAAGAGUAUCUGGAAUCGACUAUUCCUCUGGACGACUAUGUUGACUACGACCCGAUGGACCCGUUGUUUGUGGAGUUCGAAAAAAAGAUUGAAGCAGGAUUGGCUGCCUCCAAAAACAAGAAAAAAGCAUUCAAAGCCAAGAAGCAGCAGACUAGAAUCCAGAAUCAGUGUGAUCUGGUUCGUUGUCUGAGAAGAACUCAGUGCUACUUCGGUUUGCGUUCGCGCUCCACUUGUCAUGAGGUCUGUUCUGAGGUCAAUGGGGAAGCGCCUUGGACGGAGAGGCAGAUUGAAGAACAGGAUUACGGAGUCGCAGUUGAUCCUGUUCUUCCACCUCUCGAAUCGAAUGAACCUGCGCCGUAUUCUUUUUGGAAUGAGCCCGUGUUCGUCAGCGUAGACGUUGAAUCUAAUGAACGUUGCCAUUCGCAAGUCACCGAGGUUGGGAUCUCCACACUUGACACUCUCGACCUUAUUGGUAUCCCUCCUGGUGAUGGUGGGGGGAACUGGACAUCUCGAAUUCAAUCACGGCACUUGCGUGUUCGGGAAUACGCUCACGUCGUCAAUAAGGAUUUUGUCUCCGGAUGUCCAGACAAGUUCGAGUUCGGAAAAAGUGAAUGGAUAUCAAUGGAAAACAUGGUCACCACCGUGGACGGAUUCUUUCAAUCACCUUAUUCACACCAGGUUAACGAUCCAACGGCAUCGAACGGGCAGCAUAAUCCCGUGAACACGACUGACGAAAUCCCGCCUCAUAAGAAACUAUCCCGCAAUAUAGUGUUUGUGGGCCACAAUAAUAGAGCUGACAUGGCCUAUCUUCGAGAUCUUGGGGUUGCUGCGUUUGACAAGGCAAGUAAUGGACCAUUCCUGGAUGCACUGGACACAGCCGAGCUUUUCCGUACUCUCCAAGGCGAGGAUAAUCCGCGCUCACUGGGUGGUAUACUUGGGGAAUUUGGAAUUACGGGCUGGCACCUGCAUAACGCUGGAAAUGACGCGCGAUACACGAUGGAAGCGUUGGUUCAGAUUGCGUUGCACUCUCUUGCGGGAAGCCAUCGAGUCAAGGGAGCAGAGGAGAACGGUAAGUGUGCCGACUGA